GACCCAGUCAGUCACGUAUACGGUCGGUAUGCCCUAAUUGCGACGUCUUUCUCGAUACCCACGUAACUUAUCCGGAUAAUCCGGAGUUCGUUGCUCCACUUCCACCGCCAUCCGCCACCGACGACCGAAUCCCAAGCGAUGAAGCUCAGGUUCAGAUCGAUUCAAUCCAACCAAACCUUCAAGAUCGAGGUACCGAAUUCCUGCACGCUGCCUCAUCUCAAGCAAAUCCUCUCUCAAAUCUCCGAUUCGCCCCCUCUGGCUUCGAUCCGCCUCUCGCUCAACCGGAAGGACGAGCUCCGAUCGGACGGAGAAGAAUCGCUCCAAUCCCUAGGUAUUACUUCCGGCGACCUAAUUUUCUUCUCCAUCGAACAGCACGCGGUCGAAAUAAGUUCGCCAUCCCAAAAUACCCUUCCCCAGAGAGGCGAAUCAUCUGCUCUGGAAUCGCAGAAUUCGCUCCCUAAUCCGUGCUCGAAUUCCCCGAACGCUCUUCCCGGGGCCAGGAUUUUGGAUUCUGUGAUGAAUACCUUGGGAAAUGAUGCUCGGAUGGAGGAAGUCGAGAGGCAAGGUAAUGGAAUUAACCCUAAUUCCUAUCCGAACUCAUCGCAUGCUGCUGAGAACGCACAUUCAGUACCUGAUUAUUUGAGAAAAUUCUUCACCGAAGAGCUAGGCGACUGCGAAACCGAUCGCAAGUUGCUCGCGAUGGCAAUCCACGCAGUUAUGUUGGAUUCGGGUUUCGUAUGCUUCGAUCGGAAUUCAAACAAGCCGAUCACAACACGCCAACUCCACAACAGCUGGUCAUCGAAUCUGCUAGGAACGUCUCUGCACUACACUCUUCCAGUAAUCCUCAAUUCCCAGAGCAGCAGCCAUGGCUUCAAAACCUCAAUUCUGAAAUUCCAGAGUUUAGGGAAAAAGUUCACCACACUCUACGGAACAAUAGGAACCAAUUCCGAAAGCACUCAUCGCGUGCAUUUCAACGAGGAUCGACUGAUUCCCUCUCUGAAUGCUUUGUGGGCAAAUUGUGGCGAACCAGAGGUCAUCAAGGAAGUGCUCAGCUUCUGGAGAUCCAUGAAGGAUAACCUCGCUCUGCCAUUGCUGAUCGAUUUAUGCACCGACGCUGGUUUACAGCUCCCACCAUGCUUCACGCAGCUCGGAGCUGAUCUCAAGUUGAAAAUACUGGAAUCCCUGCAGGGCUCCGACAUAGCCAGAGUCUGCUGCGUCUGCUCGGAGCUCCAACAAUUAGGUUCAAACGACGAUUUAUGGAAGCUCAAGUUAUCCGAGGAGUUCGGGGUGAGGACAAAGGAGCCGUACUCGACAUGGAAAGAGGCAUUUGCGACAACAAUGAGGAAUAGGCAAAACGUUGCCCCAUCUCCUUUCUGGCGAUCAAUGGUUGCUUACUAUCCCCGCGUCAUGAGAAUGCAGCAGAACCCAUUCAUGGUUCAAAGGGUGCCGCGGAUGAUCUCGGCAGAUGAGUAUGAGCUGUCCCACCGGCCGGGCGGACGAGAGGAUAUGGAGGGUCGGCUACGGUUUGAUGAUUGGUUCAAUCGGCGGCGGAUGAAUUUGGCGCCGUGCUGUAACUUGGGAAGGAGGUUUGCCUGAUCGGAGAUCUUUUUGCUGCUUCAAUGUGAUAGGACUUUUGUGGAGCUCCAUGGAUGGAUUCUUGAGCUCAUCUAUGAGGUUUGAAUGCAGGGAAGUUUACGUUAGCCUUUAAAUUUGAUGGGUUUUAUUUUUAUUUUUAUACUUUUUUAUUUUGUUGUGUAUAUUUAGGUAGAUUUUGUGUUUUGCUGCUUCCUAAUUCCUGUGUCUUGUCUUUUAUGUGAUGGGGACAUCAAAGUGGAUAUUCUUGUUUUGGAUGCAGUGAGAAUGAAAAAUAAAUUUUGAAAUA